AUGGUUGAUAAUCCACUGCCACCAGAAAGAUUGUUGGGUGACUACGGAGGUGCAAAUGCAUCAACCGAUAGAUUAACUAUUGUCAACCAACCAGUGAACAUGGCUAAUUUCCAGUUAAACCCGAUGGAGGAAAUCAAAUUUUUGAAGCAGAAUAAUUCGUAUUCCAACACGUAUAAUCUGGGUUGGAAGAACAAUCCCAACUUCUCAUGGAAAGACCAGAAAGGAACCACUCCUCAACACGGUCAAUACCAAACUCAAUAUCAACAACUGCAGCAACAACAAGCCCCUAAGAAAGCUGAUUGGGAGAUUGCCAUUGAAAGAAUGGCAGCUCAUAAUGUUCAAUUCCAAGAAGAAACCUGUAAUAAUCAGAAAAAUAGCACAUCAUCCAUAAAAAAUCUUGAAGUCCAAAUGGGUCAAAUCACUCAGCAAUUAGCCUCGAGCUCUCAAGCACAAGGUGCUCUACCUAGUGCAACUGUGACAAAUCCUAGAGAGCCUAAUAAUAUCAAAGAAAAUGAAGUUGUGGGGGAAGAAGUGGUAGCACAAAAACCAGUAGUGAAAGGAACAGCCAUUGAGCCUAAGUCGGUUGUUAAGCUUCCCUUUCCCCCCAGAAACAAGAAAAAGGGACAAUAUAAGAAAAACUUUGAAAAGUUCCUCGAGUUGUUCAAGAAGCUAGAGAUUAACAUUCCGUUGUUGGAGGCACUUGAACAAAUUCCUAAUUAUGCUAAGUUCAUGAAGGACAUCAUUUCUAAGAGGCGUACCGCCGACACCAACUCGAUUAUUCUAACCGAAACUUGUAGUGCUAUUUUGCAGGGUAUGAAGAUUCCAAUAAAGAAGAAAUAUCGAGGAGUUGUCACUAUCCCUUGUACUAUUGGAGAUAGGUCAUUCAACAAAGCUCUUAUUGAUCUAGGAGCUAGUGUGAGUCUCAUUCCGUUAUCCAUUUACAAUAAUCUUGGUAUAGGGUAUAUGCAAGAUACCAGGAUGACACUCAAAUUCGCCGAUCAUUCGGUCAAGAAACCGUAUGAAAUGCCGGAAGAUGAAGAGAUCCCUUUCAUUCUUGGGAGACCCUUUUUAGAGUCGGGAAGGUGCUUGAUCAACAUAGAAGAAGGGACCAUGACGUUGAAGGUUUAUGAUGAGGAAUUGAAGAUCGAUGUUCGAAACACCAUGAGGUACAAGGAUGAUAUUUGUACCAGUCAUACUAUAGAGGUUAUGGAUCAGGUGAUGAUGUAUGAUAGUCCUUUGAAUGCACCACAGUCACCCUUGGAAAGAGUGUUGAGUUUGUCCAUUUUCGAUAGUGAUAAAGAAGUGCACAACGGGGAAUCCGAAGUGCUAGCCUUGUUGGACGUAUAA